ACUCUGGGUCACCUGGAGAAGGCUGUGGUUCUCGAGCUCACCUUGAAGCAUGUGAAGGCACUCACCAAUCUCAUUGAGCAGCAGCAGCAGAAAAUCAUUGCGUUGCAGAAUGGUUUACAAGCGGGUGACCUGUCAUCAAGAAACCUUGAUUCCAGCCAGGAAAUGUUUCGAUCCGGUUUCCAGAUGUGUGCCAAGGAAAUGCUGCAAUACCUGGCAAAGCAGGAGAACUGCAAGGACCUGAAGUCGUCCCAGCUGGUCAGCCAUCUGCACCGCAUGGCCUCCGAGGUGCUCCAGGGCGGAGCCGGCCGCAAAUCCGUAGACAUCCCUCCUAAAAUGGUGGACUUGAAAGAGAAACCUGGCUCCUUGACCAAAGCAGCGGAGGGACACGGGAAAAACUGCGUGCCUGUGAUCCAGAGGACAUUUGCUCACUCCAGCGGGGAGCAGAGCGGCAGCGACACAGACACGGACAGUGGGUACGGGGGAGAGCUGGAGAAAAGUGACUCCAAAUCCGAACAGCAGUAUUUCAAAAAGGAUACCGAACUCAAGUACGCUGUCCAGGAGAGAAUAAGCUCUAUUAAGCAAGAGACUGAGGACCCGCCGGCCAAAAGGAGCCGGCUGGAGUCACCGGAGGACGAGGGCCCUUUUGGCAGCGACAUGAUGGGCUCUUCCAGCAGCUUCCUGGGCCCCCACGCUCACCAGCCUCCCUUGUGCCUGCCCUUCUAUUUGAUCCCACCAUCCGCAACAGCCUAUCUGCCCAUGCUGGAGAAGUGCUGGUACCCGGCGUCCGUCCCUGUCCUGUACCCCAGCCUGCCAGCCUCGGCCGCGGCACUUACGGGGUUCAUGAACCCCGAUAAAAUCUCCCCACCUCUGCUGAUGCCCCAGAGACUCCCUUCUCCCGUACCAGCCCAUUCCCCUAUCGACUCCUCAGCUCUGCUUCAAGCUUUGAAGCAGAUUCCUCCGUUGAACUUGGAAACCAAAGACUAA